CCCCUCCUCCGACCGAGCUCGCUGCGGUCACAGCGGCGGGCGGGAGGCGCGCAGCCGGCAGCCGGAGCUGGGAGUGCGCACCCGGGCUCGGCCGCCUCCGUGGAUUCAUUGUAAAGAGGAUUGAUAAAGCUGUAUAAGAAAGUAGAUGAGGUCGCACUUCCAUCCUUCGGUGCAGUGUGGAAGGCAGUUCCCCCAGGCCGCCGCAAUGACCACCGCCAUCCUGGAGCGCCUGAGCACCCUGUCUGUGAGCGGGCAGCAGCUGCGCCGCCUGCCCAAGAUCUUAGAAGAUGGGCUUCCCAAGAUGCCUUGCACCGUACCAGAGACAGACGUGCCUCAGCUCUUCCGUGAGCCUUACAUCCGCGCUGGAUACCGCCCGACGGGACACGAGUGGCGCUACUAUUUUUUCAGCCUCUUUCAGAAACACAACGAGGUGGUCAACGUCUGGACCCACUUGCUGGCGGCCCUGGCUGUCCUCUUGCGCUUCUGGGCCUUCACCGAGGCCGAGGCCUUGCUGUGGAGCUCUCCCCACUCCCUGCCCCUGCUCCUCUUCAUCCUGUCCUCAAUCACUUACCUCACCUGCAGCCUGCUGGCCCACCUGCUGCAGUCCAAGUCGGAACUCUCCCACUACACCUUCUAUUUUGUGGACUAUGUUGGUGUGAGCGUGUACCAAUAUGGCAGUGCCUUGGCCCACUUCUUCUACAGCUCCGACCAGGCCUGGUACGAGCGAUUCUGGCUUUUCUUCCUCCCUGCGGCUGCCUUUUGUGGCUGGUUAUCUUGUGCGGGCUGUUGCUAUGCCAAGUACCGUUACCGGCGGCCUUAUCCUGUCAUGAGGAAGAUCUGCCAGGUGGUGCCGGCAGGGCUGGCUUUCGUCCUAGACAUCAGCCCUGUGGCACAUCGGGUGGCCCUUUGCCACCUGGCCGGCUGCCAGGAACAAGCAGCCUGGUACCACACCCUCCAGAUCCUCUUCUUUCUGGUCAGCGCCUACUUUUUUUCCUGCCCGGUACCUGAGAAGUAUUUCCCGGGCGCCUGUGACAUCGUGGGCCAUGGACACCAGAUCUUUCAUGCAUUUCUGUCCAUCUGCACACUCUCUCAGCUGGAGGCCAUCCUCCUGGAUUACCAGGGGCGGCAGGAGAUCUUCCUGCAACGCCAUGGGCCUCUGUCUGUCUACAUGGCCUGUCUCUCCUUUUUCUUCCUGGCAGCCUGCAGUGCUGCCACCGCAGCCCUCCUGAGGCAUAAAAUCAAGACCAGACUGACCAAGAAAGAUACCUGAAGCAUGCAGGUAGGGCAAAGUGUGGAGGAGGCCCAUGGAGAUUUGAAGAAAACUUUAUCCAACAGUAGAAAGUGACUUUUUAUUUUUUAACAAUUGGCUUUUAACACAAUGUUUCCAAGGAUAUUCCAUGGCUCCAUGAUUUGAAGGCAGAAGCAGUCAAGAGCUUUGCAGUCGUGAAUAAAAGGAAUAUUCCUUUUUUCUUCUGGGUUCCAGCCUUACAAAGAAGGGAGAUGAUCUUAGCCAAGAUGAAUGGGACACUGAUUUAAGGAGAACCAUCUUCAUGCCUGAAAUUUUUGGAGAAUCUUGAUUGUCGUUUCCAGAGGCAAGGCAUAAGGCUGAGCGCGUGAUAAAAUUGGACUGGAAAGUAAGUAGAUGGCAGUUCCUCAUUAUGUUGCAAUGGCCAUCCUACUAUGGCAGUGUUUUUGUCAGUGAAAUUGUCCCAAGAAUCUUUUCUCAUUUGACUUUCAGAUUGUCUAGGGUGGAAAACAGAAUCUUGAAGAUGAAGGUAAAACCAUUAGACACAAUGCAGCGUGCAUUUCAUCUGAUUCCUGACCCCCUGCUCUCCUGUCCACUGUAACGGUGAUUCUUCUCUCAGGAUAACAGCUGUCUGCCUGUUUUGUCUAAAGUGCUGUUCACACCACGUUUUCUUUGCAUGGUAGCAUCAAAGAUUAUGAAUCAGUUAUAAUUUCAGGAAAUGCAUGGAGCCAUGUGGGGAAUCAGGAAGCUUGUUCUCAUAUAAUACUAACGUACACAGUACUAGAAAAUACAGUGCCAAGAACCGCCAGGAAGCCCAGCCCAGGAGCACGAAGACUGUUUGGUGUGGUGGCACUCUUCUGCUUCAUACCUGUGGGCUACAGGACUACAUGAGCGACAUUAGGGCUGCCUUACAUAACAGGAUAUCUGGGAGUUGUUCGGGGGAAUUUUCUUCAGACUAGAUUGGCAUGUUUAACAAGUCUUUGGUAAAUUGGUCCUAAAGUCCUUCUGGGGUUCUGCUU